UUGUCUCGUGCUGUGUGGCUGGUUGAAUAAAAAAUCAAUGAGCUUCAAGCAAAUGUCCUUAGAAACAAAAACGUUGAGUAUCGUUGACACUUUUAAUCAGAGUUAUCGUUUGGUGGGCUGAUAAAAUCAAUACAAAUGCCGUAGGACGUCGAGCGAACCGUAUCCUGGGAGUAGGCUUUGCGUAACCAAGCAGAAAAAGCUCUGAAAACACAUACAAAAAAGAGAAUCGUGUUUAUAUUAUAUAAGAAAUUCAAGUGAGUGGAGAUUAACAUUUUAGAUGACAAGAUGUCGUCUCCAUCAACACAUCCGUAUGGCCUCUCAGCGGAUGAUAUGGCCAGUCAGUAUGGAGCAACGGCCACUAUACAUGCCUCUAACACCGGACCGCCACAGGCCGCUAGACGUCCUCUAGGUCUAGGCCUAGAGCGGGAGGAUGCGUUGGAAUAUUUCAUCAAGUUUCCCAAGCCCUCGGCAGAGAACGAUUUCGUUUUGGCCGACAAUGACAGCGAGGACAACAAUAUUCCCAUUGUAAUGCUGCUGGGCUGGGCGGGCUGCCAGGACCGAUAUCUGAUGAAGUAUUCCAAGAUAUACGAGGAUAGAGGCCUUAUUACUGUUCGCUACACGGCACCGGUGGACACGUUGUUCUGGAAGCGCUCCGAGAUGAUUCCUAUUGGCGAGAAGAUCCUCAAGCUGAUUCAAGACAUGAACUUUGAUGCUCACCCCCUGAUCUUUCACAUCUUCUCCAACGGCGGCGCCUACUUGUAUCAGCACAUCAAUUUGGCGGUGAUCAAGCACAAGAGUCCGCUGCAGGUGCGCGGCGUGAUCUUUGACUCUGCACCAGGCGAGCGUCGUAUGUUGGGGCUGUAUCGCGCCAUUACGGCCAUUUACGGAAAGGAAAAGCGCUGCAAUUGCAUCUCCGCGCUGGUCAUAACAAUCGCUCUAAGUUUCAUGUGGUUUGUGGAGGAAACGUUUGCGGCCUUCAAAAGCUUGUUCUCCAAAUCGUCGCCGGUCCACGCCAGUCCAUUUUGUGAUCUAAAAAACGAAGCAAACAAAUAUCCCCAACUAUUUUUGUACUCCAAGGGCGAUGUGGUUAUCCCUUACAAAGAUGUAGAGAAGUUUAUUCGGCUGCGUCGCGAUCAAGGCAUUGAUGUUUCAACGGCUUGCUUCGAGGAUGCUGAGCACGUUAAGAUCUACACCAAAUACCCCGAACAGUAUGUCCAAUGUGUCAGCACUUUUGUGAGGAAAUGCAUGUCACUUCCUGCCUUUAAUGUUGCCGUUGCUCACCCAGGACGUGGCGAACUCCAAGAGAAACAGCAGCAGAUAAAUCUGAAAUACGAUUAGAUGGCAGCCGACGCGGGCACCACACUACAAAAUUGCAAAACAGCGAGCAGCGUUACAAUUAAUUCUCAAAGAAAAAUGUAAUUACUAACACUCAACUUUUAACGCUUUAUAGUAGAAACGAAUUUAAGAGAUAUUCCAUUAAAUCUUUGCAAACAUUUUGCAAACUCCAUCGCGCAGUUAAUAAAAUAAA